UGAGUUGUCAUGAUAGUGUCAAUCAAUUGUCAUUUAGUAUUCCUACGUAGUACGAAACAUCUGUGAAGAUUUUAUUUUCAACAAAUAUUUUACCCAAAUAAUUCAAUAUGUUAGAUCUUUUCAGCAUCUUCAGCAAAGGAGGUAUAGUGUUGUGGUGUUUCCAAAGCACGAGUGAAAUAUUUUCGCCCUCUGUCAACGCUCUAAUACGUAGUGUGAUAUUACAAGAGCGUACAGGCAACAACACGUUUAAUCACAAUGCCUUAACAUUACAAUAUAAGUUGGACAAUGAGUUUGAGCUGGUAUUUGUUGUGGCAUACCAGCGCAUUCUACAGUUGUCAUAUGUGGACAAGUUCCUGAAUGAUAUUCACCUGGAGUUCAGAGACAAAUACAAGAAUGAGCUUCAGAGCGGUCCUCAUAUCAUGGACUUUGAUUUCAAGUCAUCCUUUGAUAGACUGUUGCGAGAAAGUGAACAGUGGGCCAAAGUGCAAGCUAAAAUUCCAAAACAAAUGAGAACAUUCGAAGACUCACAGAAGUCUAAAAAAACUGUUGCAUCCAUGAUUGAGCGUAAGGGUGAGGAGAAAGGGAAAAAAUGUGUUAAAAUUGUGGAAAACAAGAGCCUGGCUAAUGGCAAGGUGGAGGAGCCUAUGCUGGAAGAUGACGUCAUUGCAGCGAGCAGAGCCAAACUCGCACAGAAAAUGUCUAAGACUAAGAAAGAAAUCAAGAAGUCUCCAAAGAGUCCGAAAGUGACAGAGCGUGUAAAGCAGCCGCGCGUGUGGGAGCUCGGCGGAGGCGCGCGCGACCUGCCCUCGUUGGACUUCAGCACUGACAAGCCUGGUGACGGAGACAACGGCAUCACGCCUGACACCGAGUUGGUGGGCAAAAUGACAGGAGCCAUCCGUGACUUGGAGGUGGAGUCUGAAGACAGCUCCAGCGAGGAAGAAGUGGAACACAACCAGGCCAGCCCCAAGAAAACUGGUGGCAUGUUCAGCAUUUUCAAGGGUCUCGUCGGCUCCAAGGCGCUGACUGAAGAGUCGAUGCGUCCCGUGCUGGACAAGAUGCGCGACCAUCUCAUAGGCAAGAACGUCGCGGCAGACAUAGCGAAUAAACUGUGCGAUUCCGUUUCCACAAAACUUGAGGGCAAGGUGCUCGGUACAUUCGACAGCGUUGCCAAGACGAUCAAGACCACCCUUACCGAGUCGCUAGUUCAGAUCCUGUCGCCGAAACGCCGCGUGGACAUCCUGCGCGACUGCAUGCACGCCAAGCAGGAGUGUAGGCCUUACGUCAUGGCCUUUUGUGGGGUAAACGGCGUAGGAAAAUCAACAAACUUGGCCAAGAUAUGCUUCUGGUUGAUCGAGAACGACAUGUCGGUACUGAUCGCGGCGUGCGACACGUUCCGCGCGGGCGCCGUGGAGCAGCUGCGCACGCACACCAGGCAUCUCAACGCGCUGCACCCCGCCGCGCGGCACGGCGGCCGGCACAUGGUCACUCUUUACGAGAAGGGAUACGGUAAAGACGCAGCCGGUAUAGCUAUGGAAGCGAUCCGUUAUGCAACAGACACAAAGACAGACGUCGUUCUAAUCGAUACAGCGGGACGUAUGCAGGACAACGAGCCUCUCAUGCGAGCCCUGGCCAAACUUAUCAAAGUCAACGAACCCGACAUGGUACUGUUCGUCGGAGAGGCUUUGGUCGGUAACGAAGCUGUCGAUCAACUCGUCAAGUUCAACCAAGCCUUAGCAGACCACAGCUCGUCCACCAACCCGCACGUUAUCGACGGAAUAGUGCUGACCAAGUUCGAUACUAUCGAUGAUAAAGUCGGCGCUGCGAUAUCGAUGACGUACAUCACUGGGCAGCCGAUAGUUUUCGUUGGCACCGGGCAGACUUACACUGAUUUGAAGGCUUUGAACGCUAACGCUGUUGUUCAUGCAUUGAUGAAGUAGAGUGGUCGGUGUUGGGCUGUUUGUGGUUUAAUUAUCGAUGUUAUUUCAGCUAUCAACCUAAUUAGUAUACUUAUAGAUUUAUUUCAAUUUUAUUACAUGAAGUCUAAUGUGUUAUAUAUUGUUAUAGUAUUGGCAAUUGUUAUGAAAUUUAACUGGAUAAAAACAAGGUUUACAGAUCUAAUGUUUUAAGAAUAUGCUCGGCUAGACUUAUUUUCUUAGAUACUCUUACUUCUAUUUUAUUCGUAGAAUGCCACAAGCAGCCAUAAAUUAGGUGUUUUGUGUACUGGAAAAUAAUUUUGGACAUAAGUUGCGCCUGUUAUUUUUUCAAAAAUGUUUAUAGCGAAAAUAUUUGUUGAGUGACAAAUUAUUUCUCGCCCUGUAUUAAUUUAACUAGUCGGAAAAGAAGACAUUCAUAGAGAUAUGCGUGGGCGUAAAAUAUGAAUUAAAAUGAUAAAUGGACGAAAUUAUUUUUCAUGCACUAAAUGUAUUUAGUUAAAUAAUAAUGUUACAUCUGAUAUAUGUUUAUUAAAAUUUACAACAUAUCUUAAAUUUUGACAUUUUCUAAAAUAUUUUCCACAUGUCUGUUAAUGAAGUUUAUUUUUAUUUCACAAUAAAUGUUUAUUUUCUUAUGGUUUGAUUUUAUUCGGGUGAUUUUUACAGGGACUAGGUGUAACAUUUCUUAUAAUUUCUUUUUUUUUACACGAGUGACUACUUUUUUAGUAUAUAAAAUAAUAUAGGUACCAUAUAGGCUAGAAAUAUACUGUCAAAGAUUCUGAUAUUAAUUUUAAUUAUUUUACAUUUGUGUGUCGUGUAAAAUAUUAUUUUUGAGGAAUAUAGAUGAACUAUAAACAAAAAGUGGUCACUUGUAAACAUAGCUUUAUCUUUUGUGUCAUAUGAUUGUGUAUUUCAUUGAAGCAUGUAUUGUACGAAUUAAGUAAUGACCAGGAUAGCAAAUCUGUUUAUAGAAAGUUAGAAAUUGAUAGUGUUUACAUGAAUGCGUUUUAUAAAGAAAUAUAGUACUAAAAUACAGAUGCAGUAAGUCUGAUGUUUGACUAAACACAUCGAAACAGAUCUAGAUGAUUCAAUUUCAAAAGGAAAUGCACUAAUAUAAACAGGUUCCUAUAUUGAAAUAUUGUUAUUUUAACAUCUCAGUAGAUGAAAUUGUUUUCGUCCCAAAGUUAACCAAUUCACUAUAUAAAAGUUGUUAAGGAUUAUUAUUCCGAGAAAUCCGCUUUAUUAGUACUAUUGGUAAAUAGUAACGGUAAUUGUAAGAGUGGAUAAAGCGUAGUCCACACUAGCAACGUUAGUGUUUUGAACGGGUUUAUAAAUAAUGUCAUACUAAUUACCUGAGCAAUAGCGACGGGUGAAUGGCUAAUUGUCUUAAGCGACAUUUUCUUGCGACACUAUACUUAGUGUAGUGUUUAUGUUACUACAUACAUAUUUAAAAUCACCUUUUUUCUAUGUUUUUUUUAAUCUAGUUAAAUUUUUUCGAAAAUGUCGUUUAAGCUAAUUAGCCUUUCAACCGCCAAUAUGGUUAUUUCUCGCUUUCCGCCUAAAAUUGCCACGCGUCAAUGUUUGUGUAGUACAUUUAUGAAAUUCUUAUAAAUUUAAGAACAGAACUGUUUCACCAUAUUGCUGCGGAUAAUUAUGUAUGGGAUUAAGAAAGAAUUUAACCUGGCCAUGACAGUGUUGUGCCUAACAGAGUGAAAACAAAUAUGGCUUUUGUCUUCUUUUUAGUAUUGAAAGUCAGUUCAACAAUAAAAAAAAAUGCAUAUUUUACCUAGACGUGAAGGACAUAUCCAUAUCUACGGUUGAAAGGUUAAUUGACUAAGCGACAUUUUUUUUUUCAAAAAAAUUAAUUAGGUUAAAAAAAGAACAUAGAAAAAAAUAUUGAUUCUAAAUAUGUAUGAAACUUAAUGGUGCAAAGAAAUGUCGCUUAAGUCAAUGAGGAUUUCGUCCGUCGAUAUAUACAUUCUAGUAAGUCUGUCGUUUAUUCGGGUUAAAUAUUUGUUUUAACUCCCGUGUUGAAGCGUUUGCGAGUAUGGACUGCGCUUAGAUAUUAGUAAAUAGUUUAAAAAAGAAUAGUUUAAUUCCAAAUUUGUAUAAUAGCGUUAAUUUUGAGUGCCUUGUAUCAGAGAAGGUUGGGGUGAGGCGAGCUACCACUUGGCAGUAAAUAAAUGUAAGAAAUAAAAUUUUAAUACAAAUAUUAGUAAUAUCAUUUUAGUAACUAUUUAUUCCCUAAAAUAAUAUUUUUUGUGCUCAUUUUUAAUUUUAUUUUUGUGAAUAUAUUCUAUAGUAUGCUAUCGGCUAACUCUAAUAAUUUAUUUAUCUAAACACUUCACAACUGUGUGUAUUUUCUUUACCGAAAUUCCAUAACCUGCCGUGUUAUUACGUUAUAAUUGAAACUAUAAAUAUAAAUUACAUUCAAUUUUCUUAUUUACCCAUGCAGAAUAAAUAUAUUCUAAGCAGGAAGUAUUAUAAAAUUACUAUAAAAUUGGGUGGAUAUUUAUUUACAUUUUUAGCAUUGGCUGGUUAAUAUACUAUAUUUUUUUUUGCAUAAGUGGGUAGUUGUCUCCCCCGCUGGUUUCUGCUUGUAUUGCUCACACGAAUCAAUAUAAUAGGUUUGUAACAGGACUUGUACACUGCCCGUUGCCUUUACAUACGUUAACCAAUGUACAGUAUACCUACAUAAGAUUUUUUACACAAAAGUCACUUUUUUCCACAUUAAGGUACUUGUAUAUUGUCGGAGUUAAUGCAAACGAAAAAAAUCCUGAAUAAUAUUUCUAUACUAACAAGCAUGUUAUGAAAUUAGCGUGCUAUCUCAGAUAAUAUCUAUCAUUUCAACUUCAUAUAGGGCGAUUCAAUAAUAUUUUUGCAUGAAAACGAGUACUUACAUUUUUUUAAAUUUAUUUUUUUUACAUGUCAAUAACUUUUGCUCACGACUUCCCUUGCGUAUAAUUUUGUUCCCAGGAUUAAAAUAGCAUAUAGCACUCAUGAAUACUAAAGCUUCUGAUAAGUGAAAAAAAAUAAACAUAAGAGUUUCGCGAGUUUAAAAUUUACAAAUAGUCUCUUUAUCUGGGUAGUAUAAUUUCUUUGCAUUAGCCCCUACAAUAUUAGUUUAAAUAAUUUCAUACUUCAACAAAUCUAAUGAUACGCGGUGUACCAAAAAAAAAAAAAACA